UCCAAUUUGUGUUGUUGAAUGGAAAUCUUGUGUUUUUUUGGUUGAUCUUCUAGAUCUUGGGGAAAUGACUUCCAAAGGAGCUACGAGCUCCGGAGGAGGAGAUGAUGCUUCUGCUGCGAGGAAGAAUUCCAAGAAACCUCAAUAUUCUAGGUUUACACAGCAAGAACUUCCUGCUUGCAAGCCUAUUUUAACACCGGGAUGGGUCAUAACGACAUUCAUAUUUAUUGGGAUUAUCUUCAUCCCAAUUGGUCUUGUGUCUUUAUUUGCAUCAGAGCGCGUUGUGGAAAUUGUGGACCGUUACGAUGAAGAUUGCAUUCCAGAGAAGUAUAGCAAGGAUAUGGUUGCAUUUAUACAAAGCAGUAAAACUAACAAGACCUGUUCAAGGACUUUGACUGUUCCAAAGUUGAUGAAAAGUCCUGUAUAUGUUUAUUACCAGCUCGAUAACUUCUACCAGAAUCAUCGCAGAUAUGUUAAAAGCAGAAGUGACAAACAACUGAGUAGCAGCUCAUAUGCAAGCGUAACAAGUACUUGUGCUCCUGAAGACACAACAGCAAAUGGGUCUGCAAUUGUUCCUUGUGGGCUUAUCGCUUGGAGCUUGUUCAAUGACACGUAUGGGUUUUCUGUAAAUAAAAAGCCGUUAAAAGUCAGCAAGAAAGAUAUUGCCUGGAAAAGUGAUCAAGAAAAAAAGUUUGGGUCUGAUGUCUUCCCUAAAAACUUUCAGAGUGGGAGCUUGAUUGGGGGUGGCAAACUUAAUUCAAGCAUACCUUUGAGUGAGCAAGUGGAUCUUAUUGUCUGGAUGCGAACAGCGGCACUGCCAACUUUCAGAAAGCUCUAUGGGAAGAUAGAGGUUGACCUUGAAGCCAAUGAAAAGAUAACAGUGGUCAUACAGAAUAACUAUAACACCUAUGGUUUUGGGGGCAAAAAGAAACUAGUUAUUUCAACUACCAGUUGGAUAGGAGGGAAAAAUGAUUUCCUGGGCAUAGCAUAUCUAAUGGUUGGUGGAAUGUGCUUGUUCUUGGCAAUAAGCUUCAUACUUAUUUAUGUGAUUAGGCCAAGGCCACUGGGGGAUCCAUCCUUCUUAUCAUGGAACAGAAAUCCAGCAGGGCAUUAUAAUUAAGGCUGCUUUCCCUCUUCCAACUUCCAUUUGUUGGGCAGCGCUAUGCUUGCAUGCCAUAGUAGCCAGCCUUGAGUGAGGGUCUUUCAUUGAACAGUCUGGUCAGGCUGAGACUGGGAUCAUUUGUCCAAGACUGAAACCGAGUGUACAUAAAAAGAAAUUCCAUUCGUUGAAUAGGUUGGAAACACUUGAGCUUCAGAUGUUUUUAGUUUCUCUUAAUGAAUGCCAAUUUGGAACCAGGCUGAGAUGUUGAACAUCAUGUUCUAUGUACUGCUAAUUUAUGUUUUUGUUUUUUUUCUGAACAUCUAAAUCAAAGUAAUGUUAUAUACUUUUAAGUUUCUUACUUUCCAAA